GCAGAGCUGAGAAAGCCAGGAUCCCGGCUCCUCGGCCCCUCUCUUCACAAUAUUUGAUUAGGAAUUUGGGGGCGGGACCCUGGCCUGGCACAGGCCCGGACACUCUCAGUAGACACCUCACUCCUUCUUUCUCUCACAGACACUUCCUUCAACCCAAGGAGUCCACAGACAGAGGGACGCGGUGACUCUCUGAAAGGUUCAACUCCAGUUGCCAACCUCAGCAAGGCCCAAAUGCAAGAGAGACAAAAUGCAGUGGGCCUCUGUCUUGCUGCUGGCAGGGCUCUGCUCCCUCUCCUGGGCCCAGUAUGAUGAAGACCCCCACUGGUGGUUCCACUACCUCCGCAGCCAGCAAUCCACCUACUACGAUCCCUAUGAACCUUACCCUUAUGAGCCCUAUGAGCCUUACCCCUAUGGGGUGGAGGAAGGUCCAGCCUAUGCCUAUGGCUCUCCACCCCCAUCAGAUCCCCGAGAUUGCCCCCAGGAGUGUGACUGCCCACCUAACUUUCCCACGGCCAUGUACUGCGACAACCGCAACCUGAAAUAUCUGCCCUUCGUGCCCUCCCGCAUGAAGUAUGUCUACUUCCAGAACAACCAGAUCUCUUCCAUCCAGGAAGGAGUCUUCGACAAUGCCACCGGGCUGCUCUGGAUUGCUCUCCACGGCAACCAGAUCAGCAGCGAGAAGGUGGGCAAGAAGGUGUUCUCUAAGCUGAGGCACCUGGAGAGGCUGUACCUGGACCAUAACAACCUGACCCGGAUGCCCGGCCCACUGCCUCGAUCCCUGAGGGAACUCCAUCUUGACCACAACCAGAUCUCGCGGGUCCCCAACAAUGCCCUGGAGGGGCUGGAGAACCUCACAGCUUUGUACCUUCAACACAACGAGAUCCAGGAAGUGGGCAGUGCGUUGAGGGGCCUCAGGUCUUUGAUCUUGCUGGACCUGAGUUACAACCACCUUCGGAGGGUGCCUGAUGGACUGCCCUCAGCCCUUGAGCAGCUGUAUCUGGAGCACAACAACGUCUACUCAGUCCCAGACAGCUACUUCCGGGGGUCACCCAAACUGUUGUAUGUGCGGUUGUCCCACAACAGUCUCACCAACAAUGGCCUGGCCUCCAACACCUUCAAUUCCAGCAGCAUCCUUGAGCUUGACCUCUCCUACAACCAGCUGCAGAAGAUCCCCCCAGUCAACACCAAUCUGGAGAACCUCUACCUCCAAGGCAAUAGGAUCAAUGAGUUCUCCAUCAGCAGCUUCUGCACCGUGGUGGACGUCAUGAACUUCUCAAAGCUGCAGGUGCUGCGCCUGGACGGCAACGAGAUCCAGCGGAACGCGAUGCCCGAGGACGCGCCGCUCUGCCUGCGCCAGGCCAGCCUCAUCGAGAUCUGAGCGGCCUCGCCCUGGGCGCGGGGCCCAGGGCCCCUCGCCCCACUGCAUUUGGCUUGAUGGUUUGGUUUGGCUUUUGCUGGAAGGUCUGGGACAGACCAUGUGACAGAACUCCACGCGCCCCCUGUAGCCUUCUUCCCUGUGGGCAGGGUCGGGUGGGAGGAGGGACACGCCCCAGCUGUAGUUUCCAGGACAGAAGUGGCGGCAGAGGGAGUAAUCCCCGACAGUCCCAGCGUCAGAACUCUCACUGCCCUUAGGUUCUUCCCGCUGAUCUGGUGUCAUGAACUUUAAAAGUUGCUUGGUCACAGUACACAGCCUGCUUUCCCACCGAGCCCGGACUCUGAGCAGCGCUGGGCAGCGCGCCCAUGUCCGGGGCUGGUCAUGCCGCUCCCCUGGGCUGGCGCGCAUUGCUGCUCAGAAUAUACCUCUAGUCCACCUGCCUCCUCCUAACUGCCCCCAGCCACUCAGCUUGCUGCACAGCCAGCUCUUCUAUGCCUUAGGCAGAGACAGGAGGCCCCAAGGCACUCGGGCACCUGCCACCAGAGGACCCACACUGGUGUCUGAAAUUGGAGGUCACCAAGAGUCACCCCUAUGCCUCCCUAACCUCACUCCUUGAAAGCCACCAGAGGAGGUCACCAGUAUGAUGACAAUAUUCAGGGCCUGAUGUGGGAGGAGACAACCAACCUUAGGCUUAGAUCAAUGGAUGGGCCUAUACCUUAGCAGCCGGGCAGUUUUUCGAAGGUAGAUCAGACUUCAAAAGCGGGGAGUCAGACUAGGCUGCACUGAUGGGGCUCCCCAGUAGUUCUGUUCCUGCCCUGCACUUUCCACAUUGGCAGCAGCUCCCUACUUGGGUCUUUAUCCUCAAAGGGGAGACCAUGUGGUUCUCAGAGCAUUAGAGAGGUAGUUUGGCUCUUGCUCCUCUUAUCCAAGCAGGAAGAUCUCCAUCCUGAUGGGAGAGACAGACUCCAACUAGCCCUGGACUUGCCUGCUAGCUCAAGGAGGAGGCUGUGGUUCUCCUGCAUUAAUUGAUUUGUGCCAAGGCCACAGUUCUGUAGUACCAGCUCUGGCUGGAGAUGCUCACUGGGCCCAUGAAGCCCAGGCCAGGCAGCCAACUCUUUCCUGUGCUGAGCAUAAAACCCUCUGCUUUCGCAUCUCUGAGCUACACCCUCAUUACUGAGGAUGCCUGUUGCUUUAUAGCUUGGCUGGAGAGCGUUGACUUCUCCCCAUUUCUGAAAGGUAAUGUUGCCUGGGGCCUAACAUUCCUUCUCUUUGGGGCAUCAUGGGGAUGGAGCCAUCUGGGAAGCCCAGGGAGAGAGAGAGAGCCCUAGCCUGGCCCUUGCCCAGAUGCCAUUGUGUCCUUGAUGCUGUGUGUGUUUCUCAAGAAGCGAAGGGGGGAUCUUUGGACUAUGUUCGUGGCUCCAGACCCUGAAAUCCACAAAAGCCAAACCAGCUCAUUUCAACCAAGGAGCUCUGGUGUGAGGGGUAAAGCUGCCCCCGCCCCAGGGCUCUUCAGAAAGCAUCUGCAUGUGAACACCAUCAUGCCUCUAUAAAGGAUCCUUAUAUAGGAAAAGCAUGAGUGGUGGCUAACCUGACUAAUAAAGGUAUUCUACAACUGCA